CGAGAAGGCGGCGGGCCGCGGGAACCAACCUCCUGUCUGUUUCAUUGUUGGGGUUCACAUUACUCCCGGUUUUAGAAUUUUCAAACAAUGGCAGCCAUAAGCUUGUUGAACCCUAAAGCCGAGUUCGCUCGUGCCGCUCAAGCCCUCGCUGUGAACAUCUCAGCAGCCAAAGGAAUUCACGAUGUGAUGAAGACAAACCUUGGCCCCAAGGGAACCAUGAAAAUGUUGGUGUCCGGUGCUGGGGACAUCAAGAUCACCAAGGAUGGCAAUGUAUUGCUUCAUGAGAUGCAGAUCCAGCACCCGACUGCUUCUCUGAUUGCUCGUGCUUCAACAGCUCAGGAUGACAUGACUGGUGAUGGCACAACCUCAACUGUCCUGCUCAUUGGAGAGCUGCUAAAGCAAGCAGAUUUGUUCAUUGCUGAGGGUCUGCAUCCCCGCAUCCUUACUGAGGGAUUUGAACAGGCAAGAAAGAAAGCUGUAGAGGUCCUUGACUCAAUGAAAAUCCCCACUGAGGCCAAGAGGGAAAGCCUGAUUGAUGUUGCCAAGACUUCCCUGGCCACCAAGGUGCACCCCAAGCUGGCAGCAGUGCUCGCUGGAGUUUGCGUUGAUGCUAUUUUAGCAAUUAGACAGGACAAGAAACCAGUUGACCUUCACAUGAUUGAAAUGAUGGAAAUGCAGCACAAAACUGAAAUGGAAACCACUCUCAUCAAAGGUCUGGUCAUGGACCAUGGUGCCAGACACCCUGACAUGCCCAAGCGUGUUGAAAAUGCCUACAUUCUGACCUGCAAUGUGUCUAUGGAGUAUGAAAAGAGUGAAGUCAACUCUGGCUUUUUCUACAAAUCGGCUGAAGAAAGGGAGAAGCUUGUUUUGGCCGAACGUGAAUUCAUUGAAAACAGAGUGAAGAAAAUCAUUGAACUGAAGAAGAAGUUGUGUGAUGGUACCGACAAAACCUUUGUUGUCAUUAAUCAGAAGGGUAUUGACCCCAUGUCUCUGGAUAUGCUCGCCAAGGAGGGCAUCAUUGGACUGCGUAGAGCCAAGCGCCGUAACAUGGAGCGUCUUGCUCUUGCCUGCGGUGGUAUGGCUGUCAACUCAGUUGAUGAUCUGGAUGAAAGCUGCCUGGGUUAUGCUGGACUUGUUUAUGAACAUGUGCUGGGUGAAAACAAAUACACAUUUGUAGAGGAAUGCAAGUUCCCUCAAAGUGUGACUAUCCUCACUAAAGCACCCAACAAGCACACAUUAGUCCAAGUCAAAGAUGCCAUUCGAGAUGGACUUCGUGCUGUGAACAACACUUUACUAGAUGAAUGUGUUGUUCCUGGAGCUGGUGCUACAGAAAUAGCCACUCACCGAGAGCUGAUGAAGUACAAGGAAACAGUCAAGGGCAAGGCCCGUCUUGGCAUUCAAGCUUUUGCUGAGGCAUUGCUAGUUAUUCCUAAGACCCUAGCUGUGAACAGUGGUUUUGAUUCACAAGACACCAUAGUGAAGCUACAAGAGGAGGCUAUUGCCACAGGUGAAGCUGUUGGUCUGGAUAUUAACUCUGGUGAAGUUUUAAAACCAGCAGAAGCAGGAAUCUAUGACAACUUUAUUGUGAAGAAACAAAUUAUCAACUCUUGCACUGUCAUUGCUAGCAAUCUUCUCUUGGUUGAUGAGAUUAUGAGAGCUGGUAUGUCAUCACUGAAGGGUUAAGAAGAUCUAAACCAAGUCUUAAGUAAUCCUUCUACCAUCCACUGAAAAUGUGGAAGCUUCUACACUUAACAUAUGUAUUAUCCGGUGGGACCUUGCUUUUGCAUUUAUCUUAAUUUAUUCACACCAUUUGGUGGGUCUCUAAUUUACAUAUUGCUCUGCUUGUUAUUUUUUCCAGUAUCUGCAUUAAAAUCUGUUCUAAUUUAGUGUUUAA